UUCUCAAGGUGGUUUCUGCCUGGACAGAGAUGCAGUGCUUCCACAUCCUGCUUCCAUUCCCCAGGAACCAUGAUUCCACUUUGUGGAUAAGAAAACCGGUUCCACAGCCCAAAAUCGUAUGCUCCAAAUUUCUUAUUCUGUGAGCAAGAGGAAGACUUUGCCUGUGCUGAACAGCAGGCAUUUUUCACACUACCUGAACAUCUUGGUCAGAUCAGUUGCUCAGCAGGUGUUGGAUGGUAACUCAGUAUUGAACAUGCUUGGGGGGAGUCCGUCAAUAGUGCUCACCCCUGAAGCAAGCAGCCCUUUCUCUUGCUGUUUCCUGAUAUAGAGAUGUGUGAACUAUAUAGCAUUAUGCCCGUCACAAAAGCACUAGGUGAAGCAGUUGAUCUCUCUACCUUCUGUGUAACUUGUGUGUAGUAGCCAUCAGUACUGACAUCCAGUCCUACCUUGACAAAACUCAGUUCCAGGAAAAAAGAGGUCUGUGUGUAGACAGGCCUGUGAGAGUGGUGUUCCUGGUUGGAAGAGGGGGAAUGGGGCCAUAAAUAUGCUUACAGGAGAGGGUAUCAGGGAAAGCUUAGAAAAUAUUUGGUGUUGAGCAAGGUGGCUCACACUGGUAAUUCUAGCACUUGGAAAUUGGAGACAGGAGAACUUCUGUGAGUUCUAGGCCAUGCUGGAUGUACACUGUCACAAAUAAAAUAAAAAGGGGUGUGUGGGGGGGGAUGCUGAGCUUUUUGGAUGGGCAACAGAAUAUUUGCUUGGUUUGGGGAGAUUUUCCAGUGUUGGGAUUGGACCCCAGGGCCUUGAGCAUACUGUGCAAAACUACCAUCAGGCUAUAUCACCAGCCCCCAGAGGGUCUUUUGAAAAGAAUAAGUGUUAAAGGAGGGGUGGGGACAGCUUGACUGGUUACCAUGCCUUUAUGACACUACCUCUGUGACCUGCCUUAUUUGAAUUAGUUAGGUCCUUUGUGGUACGUGGCUUUUCUUUAUUCUAGCUUUGUAGUAACUGUUAGAGGUACUCCUGGUGAAGGUGGAAGAUCAAGAGGAAAUGGCAGCUGGCCACUCAACCCUCAAAAGACAUCCUUAUUCUGUAGGGGCAGUCAGAUCUCUGAAUUCGAGGACAGCCUGGUCUACAGACUGAGUUCCUGGACAAACAAGACUACAGAGAGAUCUUGUUUCGAGAAACAACUGAAAAGAAGAAAAAGAAAGGUCCUUAGCCUCUCCGGGGCAGUUGCUGAGACUUGUAGACAUUCACUGCUAGAAUGUGAUUCCAUCUCUUCCCUUGGUAGUUGCUGUCUUUGCAUUUCCACCUUCAGCCUGACUGGUCACCUGAGAGGACAUCCCCUGACUACCUUAACUACAGGAAGACGACCUUUCCCAAUUUCAGCCCACUGCUUUUCCCCUGUGCUUAAACCAGCACUAUAUAUAUAUAUAUAUAUAUUUUUUUUUUUGCUACCUUUCUCCACACUCUAAGCUCUGUGAAAUCGGGGUCCACUUAACAGCCCUUACCCCUUGGCCUCAGUGUGUGAGCCAAGGCACAGAUAAGGAACUUUGAUGGCAGCCCCAGUGCUCCGUUCUUCCAUCUUCUCAGUGCAGUUAUGUGGCAAGUAAGGUCCAGAGCCAAGAUCACUACGAAAACCCCUUGUUCGACGUCCCUAAGGACACAGCGCUGUUUUCGAGCUCUCCACCAGAGUCUGUUUGUGCCUGAGCAACGGUCUCCUAGGAGACGGGAAACAGAGGGCGGGGCCCGAGAGGGCGCCAGGGCCGUGGCGUGCUGUGGGCGCUGCGAGCGAACCUGGCUAGAGGCGCAUGCAGGGCCUCAGCUCGGCGCUUCUCCUGAGCGCGGGGCAGCUGGGGCCCGGGGCCACCUGGUACCGCCAGGAGGGCAGCUCGGUGUGCAGCUGGCUCCGGAGGCCGCAGCCACCCGAGCUCCACACCAGUUUCUCGUCCCGCCGGCCCUGGGCGCUCAACUCCGAGUGCCGGCCUUCUGAGAGGCUCCAAUGGCCUGGCCCCGCCUCCGCCAGGCCCGAGGUGGCGCGCUGUGGCGACAUCCAAGGGGAUUACAGCCCGUCGCCUGCGCGCCAUCUAAGCAGCGCUGGCGAGUCGUCUGUGCCCGGUGCUCUGGGUACUGUGAACCCCGAACCCGUCUGCUCCCUGGUCCCCCCGACCACGGAUGAACCCCUUCCUGAUGCCCUGCCGCCGCCUGAUGGUGAGACGCAGAGUGGCCCUGACACCCUAUCUGCUGCAAGCAGAGGCCACGCAGAUUCCCUACUACUCUGGCGAGGAUUCAGCAAGGGACCUCACCACGUGGGCCGACUCAGAAACGCCAAAAUCCACGUAGAGAGAGCUGUCAAGCAGAAGAAGAUCUUUAUGAUUCAUGGCCGAUACCCAGUGAUCCGGUGUCUCUUGCGCCAGAGGGGCUGGGUAGAGAAGAAGAUGGUGCAUCCCCCGGGCACAGUCCUGCCAGCACCCCAGAAGGAUCUAGAUAGCUCCAUGCUAGGUGAUAGCGAUGCCACGGAGGAUGAGGAUGAAGAAGAGAAUGAGAUGUUUCGGGAGUCGCAGCUGUUGGACUUGGAUGGUUUCCUGGAAUUUGAUGACCUAGAUGGGAUACAUGCUUUGAUGUCCCGCAUGGUUCGAAAUGAGACCCCUUACCUCAUCUGGACCACGAGGCGGGAUGUGCUGGAUUGUCGCUUUCUUUCCAAGGAUCAGAUGAUAAACCAUUACGCCCGUGCAGGCUCCUUCACUACAAAGGUGGGCCUUUGUCUCAACCUCCGGAAUCUGCCCUGGUUUGAUAAGGCUGAUGCUGACUCCUUCUUCCCACGAUGCUACCGAUUGGGGGCAGAGGAUGACAAGAAAGCCUUCAUAGAGGACUUCUGGCUGACAGCUGCCCGCAACGUUCUCAAGAUGGUGGUGAAGUUGGAAGGGAAGUCACAGUCCAUCUCCAUCCAGGCAAGAGAGGAAGUGGCCCUAGAAGAUACACAGCACAAGAAACCGGAAAAGAAACCAGUGACAGUGUCCUCAGACUUUGUGGAUGAGGCUCUGUGUGCAUGCGAGGAGCAUCUCAGCAGCAUAGCCCACAAAGACAUUGACAAGGACCCCAAUGCCCCGCUGUACCUCAGCCCCGAUGAUUGGUCUCUCUUCCUUCAGCGCUACUACCAAAUAGUCCAGCCCCACCCUCCCCAAGUCCCACUGUCUCCACACAGUGAAGGAGCAGAACUCAGAUACCUGGAGGUCCAAGUCCAGCGCUGUGAAGACAUUCUACAACAGCUUCAGGCCGUGGUACCCCAGAUGGACAUGGAGGGGGAUCGGAACAUCUGGAUCGUGAAGCCUGGAGCCAAGUCCCGAGGCCGAGGGAUUAUGUGCAUGGACCACCUAGAUGAGAUGCUGAAGCUGGUGGACUGCAAUCCCAUGCUGAUGAAGGAUGGCAAGUGGAUUGUGCAGAAGUACAUUGAGCGGCCCCUGCUUAUCUUCGGCACCAAGUUUGACCUGAGACAGUGGUUCCUGGUGACUGACUGGAACCCACUCACUGUGUGGUUCUACCGAGACAGCUAUAUCCGCUUCUCCACACAGCCCUUCUCCUUGAAGAACCUGGACAAUUCUGUGCACCUGUGUAACAACUCCAUCCAGAGACACCUGGAGGCUUCCUGUCACCGGCACCCAAUGCUGCCCCCAGAUAACAUGUGGUCCAGCCAGAGGUUUCAGGCCCACUUGCAGGAGGUAGAUGCCCCAAAGGCCUGGUCCAGUGUCAUUGUGCCUGGCAUGAAGGCUGCUGUGAUCCACGCCCUGCAGACCUCCCAAGAUAACGUGCAGUGCCGGAAGGCCAGCUUUGAGCUCUAUGGGGCUGACUUUGUGUUUGGGGAAGACUUCCAGCCCUGGUUGAUUGAAAUCAAUGCCAGCCCCACCAUGGCACCUUCCACGGCCGUCACUGCCCGCCUCUGUGCUGGUGUGCAAGCAGAUACCCUGCGCGUGGUCAUCGACCGGCGGCUGGACCGCAGCUGUGACACAGGAGCCUUUGAGCUCAUCUAUAAGCAGCCUGCUGUGGAGGUGCCCCAGUACGUGGGUAUCCGACUUCUAGUGGAGGGCUCUACCAUCAAGAAGCCCAUGUCCGUGGGUCAUCGGCGGACAGUGGUCCGCUCAUCACUCCCUCAUCUGCUGACCCAGCAAGGCUCUGGGGAAAGCAAGGACUCAGGCUCCCCUACCCACAGGUCAGCUUCUAGGAAAAAUGCCAGGGCUGAGAGCCUGGAACACACGGAGAAGCCAGAAACUACUGCGGUCACCUCUGUCUCUGGAAAGGGGAAGAAAGCCCCUUUCCACUUCCCUAGCCUCCAUGCCAAGGGCUGGCUGCCUUCUCCCUGUGUGCACCGACCCCAGGGCCAGGUCCUCAGACUCCAGCAUGGCCAGCUGGUGGGCUCUAAGGCUCUGUCAACCACAGGCAAGGCCUUGAUGACUCUACCUACUGCCAAGGUCCUGAUGUCCUUCCCACCUCACCCUGAUCUCGAGCUGGCACCUAGCAUGCUGAAGCCAGGAAAGGUGGGCUUCGAGCUGCACUGCACACCCUGGCGGAACCCUGUUCCAAGACAGAGGCCUGAUCAUCUUUUUCUUCCUCCCCUCCUUUAUGCCGAGGCUACUAUUCCCCUGCACCUUCGAGGCCCCCACUUUGGAAGUGCCUCGAGGCCUCUGCCCUUUGAAGCCGAACUUCUUCCUAGCACCCACAGGAAAGUCAAGGCCAAAGGCAAGUUCAAGGCCAACACACCCAGGGCUGAGGCAUGCCCCACGAAGAGGCUGAGCCUCCCCAGUCCCUUCAGCCUUAUUUUGGCGACCCGAAGACUGAGGCCCAUAGGGGCUAGGAGACUAGAGAAACCCCUGCUCUGAUCUUCACUGCCCUAUUCUGGAUCCAGCAUCAAAUUAAAAAAAAAAAAAAAAGCAA